GCGCAGCCGCUGGGACCUCUCCAUCCUCCGCCACCGAGUCUCCGUGGACACGCACUUCCUGCGCGGCCUUGGAGCGCACCUUCUCCGAAUCCAUCCGAACCCGAAGCGAGCCUCGCUGUUCCGUUCCGAGCUGUUCGCCAUGGUGGACGAGCUGGUGCUGCUGCUGCAGGCUCUCCUGGUGAGGCACCGCGCCCUGAGCAUCGAGAACAACCAGCUGAUGGAACAGCUGCGCCUGCUGGUGUGCGAACGGGCCACCCUGCUGCGCCAGGUACGUCCGCCCAGCUGCCCGGUGCCCUUCCCCCACACGUUUGAUGGCGAGACCUCCCGUCUCCCCGAGUUUAUCGUGCAGACGACAUCUUACAUGCUGGUCAACGAGGACCGAUUCUGCAACGACGCCAUGAAAGUGGCAUUCCUGAUCAGCCUGCUCACCGGGGAAGCGGAGGAGUGGGUGGUGCCCUACAUCGAGAUGGAUAGCCCCCUCCUAAGCGAUUACCGGGCCUUCCUCGAGGAGUUCAAACAGUGCUUUGGCUGGGAUGAGGAAGAAGACGACGAUGACGACGAAAUAGAGAAUUACUAGGCCCUGAGACCCUAGGGCCUACGUGGGGGGGGGGGGGGGAGUGAAGCCUGCAAGCCACCCCCCAUUUUCCUCCGCCCCUCCCUGAGCCACCAUGCUCCCCCUAGCCCUCCCUUCUCCUCUACCCUUGCUCUCCGCUUCCCUCCCGCAUCCCCAGUAGUGCUUGUCUUUGUUUCAAGAAUUGUGCUUCAGUUUCCUGCUGCUGGGGCUGGGAGUUAUCUCUGAAGCAUGCUGCCACCCAUUGUGGCCUGCCCCAGGAUGCACCCCUGCUACUUUGGACUGUGUCCUGAGCCCAGCUAUCUGGCGAAUCCCUGUUACAUAUAAACUGGCCUAUGCACAGCCCUGCAUCUGCCCAGAGACACUACACCAUGAUCCACUACAUUCCAGCAACAGACCACCACCGCCUUUGGAGAGAAGGAGCAGCCUAGAAGAUGCCUGAGUCGACUACCCCUCCUUGGACAUUGAUUUGGACAUCUCACCAACCCCUGAAGGGGCCAGUCUUUCAACCUGGUUAGUUCAUUUCCAGAGUCCUCCCCUCCCCCCCGCCAGAUUGCUGCUGGAGUCUACUAUGCCUGGCAGCCAAAUUGUUGACAUUUCUUUUCUCCUAUGCGCCAGUUCUGCAUAGCUGUCAUUUUCCCUUAAAAACUGCAGUAGUCCCACAGAUGUGUGUGCAUUUGGACAAAAAUGCUAAAAACAAAACAAGCAAAAACAGGUACUCAGCCCUGCUUUCAAUACUACCUUGCAAAAAGCACUUGUGUUCUUCUCAAUAAAAAUCAAGCACUACGGAAAAAAAAAAAAAA